AUGCAACAGUACAUUGACAGUGCUUUGACAUCAGCUUUCGUGGAGAGGUGGCAGCCGGAUACGAACACCUUUCACAAGCCCUGGGGGGAGAUGACGAUUAUGUUGCACGACGUGCAACACAUAUUGGGCAUUGGUGUUGAAGGUUCACUACCGGCUGAACCUGCUGACGGGGAGUGGAAGCUCGCUAUUGCUGGUUUAUUUGGGGAGCCCAUGUCGGAGCUACGACGGAAAGGGAUAUUCAUCAGCGGUUGCAUCAACGUUGUUGAAGUUAUGCACUUGUGCCAUCGGUCUCAGGCUAUGGAGACGCAGUCGACAGCCUAUUACAUGGCUAUUGUCGGCUCUACACUACUGGAGGAUAAGACCAGUUGCGGCAUGCGACCGCACCCGAUACUAACCGUCAAUGCCGAUCAAGAUGAGAUCGCAUGGGGUGCUGUGACGCUAGCGUACUUAUAUCGACAAAUGGAAAUGGCGUCAAGGGCUGGUUGCAAGACCAUUGCUGGUUGUUUGACAUUGCUGCAGACAUGGAUUUACGAGACAAGUAGGAGAUCGAAGAAAUUGGAUAUUCUUCGAUCAAAUGUAAACACUUAA